AUGUUAGUGUAUCUGGAUCAAUCGAGUGCUUCAACUAACAUCAAGAAUUUGAAAAGUUAUUCAAAGAAAUCAGCAGAAAGACCAGAUGGUAAAGCACGUUCUGUUCUUCACACUGGUCAAUAUUUGGGAUUUGAAACUGUGUUUGUGAAACCCGAAAUUGAAGAGCACAGUCUUAUUUGUGAAGGAAAUCCAUUGGACGUAAAAUCUAUGGCUACUAAAAUUUUGUCUCAUAAAUCUGAUGGCAAGAUUUCAACGUGCAUGAUUGAAUAUGACCAGGACGCAAAGUUGGAAAUAAAGGAAGAAAUCAUCCAAGUUCAAGAGACAGUUGCAGGCCAGAAGAGUGAUGAAAAAUAUCAACCAAAAAUGUAUACGGCAUAUGUGAGGGAAGCUGAUAUUUUUGCUGGUAAGAAAAAAUUACCAGCCCAUACGAAGCAGAAAGUUCAGGGAUCGAAACUGGAAAAGAAUUACAGAUGCGAAAAGUGUGGACGAAGCUAUAAAAAUAAAUCUGAUUUGAAUCGUCAUAAAAGAUUUGAAUGCGGUGUCAUACCACAGUUUGCAUGCCACUUCUGCGCCAAGCAAUUUAAACUGAAUUCAAAUCUUCGACAGCAUAUAGUUCGCAUGCAUCAGAAAACGAAACAAAAGGCUUCGCAUACAAAAUAUAAUUAUAACUAAUGUCCUCGAAGUUACAAUUCCUCAAAUUCCUUAAAUUAACAUAACCGUUUAAAUCAUGCAGGAGUCACACCACACUUUAUAUGCGAUUAUUGUUCUCGUAAAUUAAAUAAAAAACGCGGAUUGUCAAAACUUCUUAAUAAGUAAUAAUUAUUGCGUACAUGGAUCCUUAAGAAAUUUCUCAUAGUAGUUUUAAACAGUCAAUUUCGAAUUUUAAUCGAUGUUUGUAUACAUUAAGUUAAAUUUUGUGGAAAUCACAACAAUACACUUCAUUGUACUUGUAAAAGGUUCUGGAAGAGUAAAUUUACUCUAGAUCGCUAUUGCCCUUAGUUACUUUGAUUCAAUAUCGAAUUCAUUUUUAUAUUUUUAUUUAGGUAUUCAAUAAAAAAUAGAAACAACCAUGCGUAUAUCCAUAUUAUCUUUUUAAUUUUUUGAC